AUAUUCAACCUUGAGUGCUUUCCAUCUAUAUAAGCAUACCCUUUAACAACCGUAUAACACUGUAUCAACAUUUGGUCAUCUUCACAGUAUAGUUUCAAGAGAGUUUUCUUGAUACAGAAAUUUAAGAGGGUGGUUGGUGCCAGUACCCAGAUUGUACAAAGAGUAACCAGAGGCUAAGGUUUGCUCCACCUUUGGCUCUAUUAUUUGCAUUAAAAGAGGACUCGCAGGCAAAUAUUUUCACUCCAUUGGCUCCUCUGCCAUUAUAACUUGGCUGGCAGCUGCUGGAUCUGGAAUUAUAAUUGGCUUAAAGAAUCGAUGGAUAGUUUGUGGUGGGAUGACUCACAAGUUCUCACAAACACUUCAUCCUUAUGGAACAAUCCACAGCAUGCAUCACCCUUGUGGAGCAAUCAAGAAAAAGAAGAAAGCUUGAUCGCCUCCAAUUCAAAUUCUUGCCUUUUCAGUGGCAAGAUGGAUCUCACAGAAGAUAUCUUCAAUCAAUUUCAAGAACUUCAAAAGCUCCAAGAGACUACAAGGAUAGUUGCAAAUACGGUUGUUGCAAAAUCAGGAGCAGAUGUAAGAUGGGGAGACACUUCAACUCUAGAAUUAUACUCUUCUCCAUCGAUCAAUAAGCCUUACGCCACAACUAAUCCUACCAUCACUGGUUUUGGCAUGAGUAAUCAAUCAAGAAUCAUCAAUGGCCUACCAAAUGAAAAGGCGGCCGGUGUUUCAACAGCUGGUGCUCUUGAGUCCCUUGAUUGCUUGCUGUCAGCGACUAAUAGCAACACCAACACAUCAGUAGAGGACGAUGGGAUUUCCAUGAUCUUCUCUGAUUGCAGAAACUUGUGGAAUUAUGGAGCUAAUAGUGCAGUUUCAUCUGGAGAGUCUGAGAACAAUACUUCCAAUGCAAGAAACAAAGAAAUGCAUUGCCGGGUGGGCAAGCUUGAUGAAACUGUUUCCCAGAGUUCGUCUGAUAAAAAAAGUUCACCAACCAAGCCUGAUUCUAUAAAGAGAAGCAACAAUCAAAGUGAGCUCAAAGUGGGUGCCAGUAACAAAUAUCCUUAUUUUGAUCUUCUCCAAAAUGAUUGUUCUACUUCAGGAGGAAGUUUUAGGCUCAUCUCAGAGAACCCACCAAAGCCAAAGAGAUUCAGAUUGGAUAAACGUCCAGGCUCAUCGAACAUCAACUUUCAGCAGCCUAGCUCAUCGGUAUCUUCUUCUAUUGAGGAGGUUGAUCCAGAAGCCAUAGCACAAAUGAAGGAGAUGAUUUACAGAGCUGCAGCUUUUAGGCCAGUGAAUUUGGGCUUGGAAGUGGUGGAGAAGCCUAAAAGGAAGAACGUUAGAAUAUCAAGUGAUCCGCAAACAGUGGCUGCCAGGCAAAGGAGGGAGAGGAUAAGCGAGAGAAUUAGGGUUUUGCAGAGGUUGGUCCCAGGAGGAAGCAAGAUGGAUACUGCAUCAAUGCUUGACGAGGCUGCAAACUACCUCAAGUUCUUAAGGUCACAAGUCAAGGCACUAGAAAAUCUUGGCCACAAGCUUGACUCAGUUAAUUGUCCACCAACAAGCGUUGCUUUCUCUUCUUUACCAUUCAAUAACCACUCCUUUUUUCCCAUGCAAACUCAUCACUUUUCACCCCAAAACCCUAAUCAUAUUGACCAUCCUCAGAGUUGAAAAGCAAAUAAAAAAAAACAAUAGAAAACCUUAAUAAUGGAUCCUUAAUCAUGAUACUUAUCAUCAUUUAUUCCAUCUCCAAUGAUUUGAUUAAGGAUCCAAAGCCCAUUUUCUAGCCUGAAAACAAGUACAAAAGCUAAUCCAAGAUCCUUACCAUAAUCUCGAUCAUCAUUAAUUACAUUCCUGUGACCCAAAGUUAAAAGCUUUCAGUAAUGAUACAUUUCCUAAUUAAUACCACCAUCAUUACAUCCGCCUUCCAAGACCACAAGGGAAAGAGUUUUGUGCAGUUGUGUUUCCUCUCCUGCUUUUGCUGCUUCCACUAUAGUAAACAGAUUGAGUGAAACUGAGGAAGAUAGAAAGAUGAUAGUGGAAAUAGUAAAAAUUGGGAUGGAAGUGGUUUAGGCAUCACUGCCUUUUCAUACAAAAAGGCAUAGCAAUUAUAACACUUAUGAUUAAGAUCAAGGGCUAGAAAGUGAUUAUCACUUUAGCUUGUUUUUUUACUAUAGUUUGUUUAAUGUAUCCAAUGUACUUAAAGCUUACUUUUCUUGGAAAUUUUUAUGAUUUUUUAAUGUAAUUUGUUAGCUAACCAAUGCAAUUGACAUUCUCUUAAGAA